GAAAAAUAGGAGUUAAAAUCACUUAAUUAAUAUCAAACUUAAUAUUACUUACAUUAAGCAACAGAAACAUGAGUUCCGACACAUUAAAUAUAGCUCGCCGAAAGCUCAACGAAGUGCUUGGCGAAAAAUCAACAAAAUACUUCCAUCACAUGAAACAGUGGUUCCGCAUGAAACUCACCAAGGAAGAAUUCGACACCGAAGCUCGAGCCCUGUUAUCUGCAGACCAAGUCCACUUUCACAACGAGUUUUUACUAGCCUUGUUGAAUAAAGUGGAAGGUUUGGCUGAAACAUCUAUUAAUAUCGCACAGGAGAAAGCGAGCUCCCAUAAUAGGAAUAGUCGUCGGCAUAAGCGAAGUUCGCGUACUUCGGAGAAGUCGAACUUCGAACCGGCGGAUUUGCUGGAAUAUUUGCCGCCGAACUCCCCGCCUGGUGCGGGCAGCGAUGGGGCUCUAAAAUACGCGGCACAGGAAAUCUUCCUCCCAGACCACGCAUUAGUCGUUGGUCGCUUCAUGCUAGCAGCAUGGGAGCUCGGCCUUGAAGGAGCUGACGACGAAGCAGCCGACCUAAUCGUAGUCGCCGUCCAAAACUUCCUCAAAAACAUAAUCUCAGCCGUCGUUACCCAACGGAAAGGUUACAAGCGACGUAAUAAUUACACGUAUGACGUUGGUGGUGACAUGCCUAAUAUGUGGCUGCGGAAUACGGCUAAGUUGUACGAUCCGCAGGGCGAUGGGAGAGUAGAGGUUGAUGAUGCGGUGGAUGGGCUGGGGCCUCGGUGUCCCCCGACUAUUGAUGAGGUUGAACAUGCUACGGCUUAUGAGAUUGCUUGCAGCAUCCCCAACCCGGUGCCAAACGACGACAAACUUACAAUAGACGAGUUCUACAACACGCUCCUGACACACAGAAACGUCAUAGCCAGCCAUUCUGUAUACGCUGUGAACAUGGAACGACUAGCCGUCAUGCUGAACCAUCCUAGCUAUUGAUAAGGAGGCAAAGGCCCCCAACAGUGGACUGGCGGUCUAAGGCACACUUGGAUGCAAGCAGUGAACGACCACUUCUUGUGGAGAUCCUAGAGGGAAGCCUAAAGCCUAAGUCUAACAGUGUACGUUUUUCGACCGUCAAGAACUCUUAACUUGAGCAGUUAUGCGGCCAGAGAAAAGACUUGUUGGUGAGGUGUAGAGAUCCUUGGGAGAGGCCUUUGUUCAGCAAUGAACAUCUUUUGACUGAUGUGAUAAUGUGUGAAUAGGAGUCUCACUAUGACGGUAUUUUCCUUACCUGGGGAAACGACACAAAAGGGUCCUACGCGUUAAGAGGGACACAAGAUUUGAGUAGUGUUUUAUUUUCUUUUUACAGAAUAACCAUUACUUAAAUCAUGAUUAUUCACAACGGGACUUAAUCGCGUAAAAUUAAGUUUUAAAUUCCUCCGACGUUUCGAGGACGGCGUUAUCCCCGUAGUCUCGGAGAAGACGGUGAAUAAUAAUGAGUAAAAAUCGUUAUAGUUUAUAAAUCAGUAUUCUUAAAUCGUAUACACGGUGUAACAUGAGUAAACCGAAUAAUUUUAACAUCGUAAUUCUGAUCAUAUUUAGAGACAAAAAUGUCCUAUAAACUUUUUUGAAAUUCGCCUAGUUUCAGAGAUAUUAUUAAUUUAAAAAAAAAAAACAAGUUUUUAUUGUUACAUAGUGUAAAAGGCCUUUUUGAUGGUGAUGUUGCUGCUAUGGGACGUAGUCUAAAUAUCCUUAUUGAUAGAUGUCAAAAAGUGACAAGUAACACUUUGCAAAAAGUAGUUUCUACGAAAAAAAAUGUAAAAAUCAAUUUUAAGUGACAAGUUUACCAAUAACAUUUAUUUUUUUAUGUAAAAAAUGUGUGCAUUAAAAAAAUUGAAAAAACAAAACAAAAAAAAAAAUUUUUUUUGGCGAAAUUGACCUAAACUCAUAUUACAUUUUUUACUUCGUUUGACCUCAGAAAUGCGUGGUUAAAAUUAUUCGGUUUCCUCAUGUUACACCGUGUAUUAAGAUGGAAGGAUAAGUUAUAGGGUUAUUAAUUAUAAUUGAAGGGUCCAGAAAGGCAAUCAUUGGGACGUAGAGGAAUUGAUAUUUUCAUUGAUUGAAAGGUGCGUGUGAAGUCCGCAAUCCGCAUUGGACUAGCGUGUGGAGCAUAGCCCGACCCGAACCUCUUCCGUACAAUGAUAGAGGAGUCCUGUGU